AGGCUAGAAAAAUUGACGCGACGCGUCUUAUCGCCUUCCGUUUCUGCAGCCCAUCUUUUGAGAACACAGACCAGCAAGGGCACCAAGAGGAAGUACGAGAAAUUUCCGUACUCUGAUCGAUAUUCUCAGAAUCCAAUGGGCGGAAGUCCUUUCUUUGGUUGUCUCACAGCCUCUUUAUGAUCUGAACAGUACGCCUUAGUCAAUCGGCUGGUGCAUUCUGAUACUAAUUAUGGGGUAUAGACUACCCCUGGUAUAGCCUACGAAGACUCGCUACCGACAUGCUUUGCCAUUCCCUCCACAAAUGCAAUUGAGUUUUGUAUAGUACAACGACCAUGUCGAAACCCUUCAAUUUGUACCCGAUUUCCUCGAAGUCCCGCACGAAGUUGGACGCAUUCCAAUAUGACGACAAUACUGAGCAAAGUCCUUCCAAGUCGCCGGCCAAUUCACCAUCGAAAUCAAAUCAUGCAUCCAAGGAGAACCAAGCAUCAUGGCUAGAUAGUGUAGUGGAUCAAGAGGAGCCGCGGCCCGGCAAAGAACAACCUUUGAGCCAAACUGCGGAAACCAAGCAGGUCAAAGAGUGCCCACAGACUCCCGUGAACAGGCUCCCUUUGGCAGAUUUAAUUGGCAAUGCGGAAGAUGCCAUCAGCCAGGCUCCAGGACAAGAGUUGACUCCCGAAGAUCAUGUUAUUUGGCAGCAUGUCCCUACGAGUUCUAAUUCAGGCUCGGUGUCUCGAUCGGCACGAGGCAAGAAGCGUCGUCACAGUUUAACCCCGAGCAGUUCCCCUUUAGCAGACAGUUCGAAGUACACGAAUCACGAACCUGUAGACAUGCAAUCUGCCCAAACACUGCUCAAAACGCCACAGAACGAUUUGGCCACCGAUCUAUGGAACAAUUACGUCGGGAAAGGUGUUCUGAACGGCAACGGUGACCUCCCUCCGCCCCGCCUGCAAAAUCUCCUCUCAUCAUCCCCCCAAACUCCGGCAUCAGUCAAGAAAGGUCGAGAUUCAUCAGGCUUGAGACGUGCCAUCAGCUGUAAUGUUGAUUGGCCAACAUCUAAAGCCAAGCGGAGAAGGGUGGACGGAGAUGGCUCGAGAACCGGCCGGAACAUUUUCUCUCGAUCUAAAAGCAAUGUUGUCGAUUCCGGGAAUACGAAGGCUAAAAGCCUCAGGUCUCUCGUCCAAAGGAUGGAAAGUCUUCACAAAGCCCCAGCUGCUCCUGCAGAUUCACCUAGCUCGUCACUUGCGCCCGUGCGCACGAAUAUACAACAACGGGACCGAUUAAUAUCUCUGGCUGGAGAUAAAACGGCUUUGGGAGUUUCUGGAAGGGUAGACAGCGAAGAUAUGGCAAACGCUCUUGGACUAGAUUCUCGGGAGUUGCGAGAGACGACUCCUCAAGGAUCUUCAUCUGAAUUUGAGGAUGACGACUUGGAUAUGGAUCUCCUUGAAUUCGCGGAUACCACCUUGGACUCAUUCACGGAGCCAAUGCAGUCACGCAGUACUGUGCAGUCAGUAAAACCUGUAUUCGCAAAAGGGCCUGUCCCAAAGGAACCCCAGAGUUACGACCACAGUAUGGAGACAAUGCCUCAGGGUACCAGUGUAGGCAUGAACAAUAUAAGUGCUACCAAUGAUAUUGAUGAAUUCGAUGAUGAUGACAAGCUACCUGAAAAUAUACACAUGGUCCUAGAUGGAUGCGAUAAAAUGCCUGUUUCCGCCAGACCAGAAUCCUCUCAGCACGCGGCUUUGACAAACCCAUCCAAAAAAGUUGAGAAACCAGAUUUAUCUUCAGGUGAUGAAUUCGACGAUGAAGAUCUCGAUUUCGAGGCCAUCGAACAGUCGAUGAGGAAUCCAGGUGAUGAUGGACGAAGUCAUGUUUGUCACUCUUAAUGGAUUUAUUUCUUAGAAGUUCGCUAAGUAU